AUGCUAUAUUAUUCAGGUGCAUUAUUAGAGCCAGGAGAGGUGCAUGAUGGAAACACAGUUAUGGAUUACAUGCAAUAAGAAAGAGACAGAGGUAUAACAAUAAGAUCAGCAGCUAUUUCAUUUAACUGGAAUGGACAUUAAUUUAAUCUUAUAGACACUCCAGGCCAUAUCGAUUUUACAGGCGAAGUAGAAAGAUCCCUAAGAGUUUUAGAUGGUGCGAUUGCUAUAUUUGAUGGUGUUUCUGGCGUUUAAGUAAAAAAAUAAAAUAAAAAAAAGAUAAAUUUAAAUAAAAAGACCUAAAGUGAAAUGGUGUGGUCGUAAUCAAACAAGUUUAACAUUCCAAGAUUAGCAUUUAUAAAUAAAAUGGAUAGAAACGGAGCGAAUUUAGAAAGUACUUUAGAUUCUAUUCAAACUAAACUUUGUGUAGAUCCUUUAGUAUUAUAAUAUCCUAUCGGUGAUAGUGAUUAAUUUAAAGGUGUUGUAGAUUUAAUAUCAAUGAAAAAAAUUAUUUGGGCUGAUUUAUUAGGAAAUGUUGUUAAAUUUUCUGAUUUAGAAAAAUCUGAUGGUAAAUUAUAUACAUCUUCAAUGGAAUAUAGAGAGAAACUAUUAGAAACAAUAAUGCUUUAUGAUGAAGAAAUAGAUAAUAUUGAGAGUUUAAGUUAAUAAUAACUUGAAUAAUCUAUAAAAAGAAUUCUUCUCAAAUAUCCAAAAGAUUGUUGUGCCAUAUUAAUUGGAAGUUCUUUAAAAAAUAAAGGUAUUCAACCUUUGAUGGAUGCUAUUAUUAAAUAUUUACCUUAACCUGAAGAACUUGGGCCUGUAAAAUGUGCAAAAUAACCUGAUUUAUUAAGAUAAGUAAAACAUCAAGAAAAACUUUCUGCUUAUGUAUAUAAAAUUGUUAAUGAUUAAUAAAAAGGCGCUUUAACUUAUUUUAGAGUUUAUUCAGGAUCUAUUUAAAAUAAAUAAUAAAUAAUAUAUUCAUAAACAGGGACUAAAGAAAAAGUUAUGCAAUUAUUAAGGGUUAGAGCUGAUAAUUAUGUGGCUGUAAAUUAAAUCUCUGCAGGUGAUAUUGGGGCUAUAUAAGGAUUAAAACAAAGUAAAAGCGGAUAUACUAUAUUAGAUUCAAAAGAUGGUGAAAAUUUUACUUUGGAACAAUUGUAAAUGCCUUAGCCUGUUUUUAUGGCAAGCUUAGAAUAUUAAUCUUUGAAAGAUAAAAUUCCUUUAUAAAAUGCAUUAGAAUAAAUAUGCAGAGAAGAUAAUUCUUUAUAAUAUGUUGAUGAUGAAAACUUGGGCCAAAUAAUAGUUAAAGGACUAGGAGAACUUCAUUUAGAAAUACUAAGGGAUAGAUUAUAAACUGAAUAUAAUUUGGAUACGAAAUUAGGAAAAAUGAGAGUUUAGUAUAAAGAAAGUAUUAGUGAUAGCUAUGAAAUUAUAUAUAAAUAUGAAAAAAUGAUUAAAGGAAAACCUAACUUUUUUGAACUAUCAUUAAAAAUCGAACCUAAUUUUUUUGAUGAAGAAGAGAGUUCGGAUAAAUUUAAUUAAUAGAAUGAAUUAAAUAAAAUUGAAUAUGGAUUUAAAAGAGAUAUAGAAUGGGAUAUAAACUAUAAAGAAUAUAAAAGAAGAUUAGUUGAAAAAUAAUUAAAAAAGUUAGAAUUAGAUGACUAAUAAAAUGAAUAAAGAGUGAAUGAAAAUAAAACUUUUGCUUAGUUAUAAUUAGAAAAACUUAAAUAUAUUAAAAAUCCAGAAAAACCUGUCGAAAUAGAGAAAAUAAUCGAUGAAUAUGGCGAAGAUUCCUUAUUUUAACUGUCCGGUUUAGAUUUUGAUUUAUUUCAUUUGAUGGAAACUACCAUUUAAAAUGGGUUACUAUCUGGAACUUUAAUGAGUUAUCCUUUGGUCGAUUGUAAAGUAACAAUAUUAGGAGGAAAAUUUUCAAGCAAAAGAACAACUGAAUUAGGAAUUUAAAUGUGUACAGGUGAAUUAAUGUAAGAUCUUAUAAACAAUGCAAAUCCUUAAUUGUUAGAACCAGUUAUGGAUUUAGAAGUAUCAACUCCUUUUGAAUUCGAAAGAUAAAUUAUUAAUGAUAUAAGCUCUAAUAAAAGAGGUAGAGUAAAUGAAUUAAUUGAAGAGAAUAAAAUGUUUGGGCUUUAAAGUAGCUAAUCUACUCGAACCUUAAUUAAAGCAGUUGUUCCUUUGGUUGAAACUGUUGGAUAUAGCACUUAUUUAAGAUCUAUAAGUAAGGGAGAAGCUCAUUUUUUAAUGAAAUUUAAAAAAUUCGAAUUUGUUGGCGGAUUAAGAUAAAAAGAAAUUAUUAAUGGAUGCACUAUAUGA